AUGGAAAGUUUGAGGAAGAUUGGAGCAGCCUACACGGCAAAGAGAGGUAAACACAAGAGCAUCUGUGAGAAGAGAGCCAAAAAGAAAGAGUUCGACCGAGCCAGAAACAGAACCAGAAUCAACAUCGGAGGGGCUUUUCCGAGGUGGAGGAAGCUACGGGGCGUGAAAGGAUUCAAAACCGAUGCUGACUUCGCCUCAUUCCUGCUGGACAGAUAUCAGACUGAUUCUUCGGCUACAACGUUGACACCAACCAAACACAGCAGAGAUGACGAGGGUGCAGGUUUGAGUGAUGUGAACGAAGUUGCUGUUGAAGUUUUAGAUACAAGUCCAUCAUCGCCAGACAUGCGUGAUGACAUUGGUGAAGAUGACUUUAACCACAUCCAAAGCUCUGUUAUCGACUGGACGGAGGACAAGACAUGGGCUCCAGUUGAGGACUUAGAAGAUGUUUCAACUUCAGAGGAAGCAGAAACAACGGAGGAGGAUGGUUACAAUGAUGACAGUGAUGAUGAAGACUACGUCCCCCCUUUAUGUGUUCGAACUGGAACUGAUGCCAUUGCUGGUGCCAUUAAACCCAAAAUAUGUCUGGAUGCUCUUCAGUCCAUCAGCAAGGAGGAAACUGUGCACGAUGUUGUAGACACAGAGGGGAUAGAGCAACCACCUGUGGCAGAAAAAAUUAAAUUCCAAGAUGAGGGCAACAUCACAGGUCAACUUGUGACCAUCACUUACCAUGACUGUCUCAAACAGCCGAGAAAGAGGCGUGCCGAGAUCAGCUACCGUGAAGAGCACAGACCUGAAACCCAGGAACAGGAUCACAGCACAGCACCUACAGAUGAGUUAGACUCAAAUGGAGAAACUCUAAGAAGUCCAGAACCUACCAGUGUACCCAGCAGCUCCCAUCGUAAGCCUCAGGAAAAGGCGUCUGAGGAGUCAGAACAAUCCCAGUGUUUUCGAAGACCAAAGAAGAUCUACAACUGUUCCACAUGUGGAAAAGUGUUCCCUUGCAACCAAGCCCUGAAACGCCACCUUGUGAUUCACUCAGGAAAAAGACCUUUCAAAUGUUUUAUAUGUGGAAGAGGAUUCACUCAGAGCGGAAACCUCAAAACGCACAUGAAAACUCACAGAGGCGAGCUGACAAACUGGACAUUAGUAAAAGAGAAGAGUCCGGUGAAAGAAUCUCCUGCAACAGUUCAUUUGUGUGGGGAGUGUGGGAUGGACUUCCCUGAGAAGCAUCUGCUAGAGGAACACCGUGGGAGUCACAAGAAGCCUUUUGCAUGUCCCGACUGUGACAAGACAUUCAAAAACGAAUCGUAUCUUAAAAUCCAUCAACACGUCCACUCGGGAGAAUCGCCCUACAUCUGCUCAGAGUGUGGAAAGACUUGCGUCACAGCGGUUUUGCUUAAAAAACACGAACUAACCCACAGUGGAGAGAAGAAUUUCCACUGUGAUCAAUGUGGGAGGGCAUUUUUACAAUCUGUCAACCUGAAGGAACACCUCAAGACCCACACAGGAGAGCGUCCUCACCUGUGCUCAAUCUGUGGUAAAAGUUACUCCAGAGCUUAUGCGCUUAAAGUUCAUCUGCGAGUUCACACUGGAGAGAAACCAUAUUCUUGUGAGAAAUGUGGGAAGUGUUUUUUUUACUCUCAAAAUUAUCAAAAGCAUCUGAAGACUCAUGACAAAAAGCCCAAGCUGUCAACAAAACCUUUGGGGAGACCGAAACAGCAGCUGUUAGUGGUAAACAAUCAGUGAUGUCAAGGAGAAAUUUCACCGCCUUCAGAAAAGAUGUAAAAUAAGUCUGUUGUGGUGUACCCAUCAAUUUCUAUGUGAAAUAUCUUUCGGAUUACUGAAGUGAUUGGACAAGCAAUAUGAUAUAAUCACAUGUUGUAUGUUGUGUACAGUCAGCUCUACUGUUACGUAUACUGGACCAGAGUAUUUAAGCAAAUAAAUCCUAAUAAUUGUU